UCCUCGGUCACUUGCCGUUUGAUAGUAAUUGAUCAGUUGUUCCGCAUUCUGGGAACCAAUUGCGUUUUUAUUUAAUAUUUUCAUGUUUUUCGUUUUAUUUUCGUGGGAUGCAGAUAUGUGCCGCCGUCCAGUGCGAUCGCACACCGUUGUUUGUCCAUGAUUGGUAUUUGUUUUUCUACAACCACGUACAAACUAUUAUCGUCCCGUUAUCACCUCUCUCUUUCCCGUUGUCAAUCAUCGCUUAAUGUCUCCAUGGUGAUGAUAGCAGUUGUAACAUUUGCCAUCCACUCAGAUUGUUUUUGUUUAAUAAACGCUUCGUACGCUUAAAGAACAAUUUCCGCUGGUCGGACUAUUCAUUUUUUACAACUGUCAUAUAUUAACGGUUUUUUUAACUAUUACUAUUAUUAUUAUUAUUAUUAUUCUACCUACUUCGUUUGUCAUACCAACACAUUUUCGCGUCAACAUACUUAAUUUUGUACAAUUUCCUUACCAGUACUUAUUAUCGUCAUCAUCAUCGUCUUAAAAAUCACUUAACGUUUCCUAUAAUAUUCGUUGAAGUCUUAGAAAUUAUACUCUCAUUGUUUGAAAUAAAUAAUAAUUUCCUUUGUAUUGCAUCCACAUUUUGUCUCUUGGCUUAUGCUUUUAAUCUUUUUGUGAAAGAAUAAAUUUUAAAUAUAAGCCAUCCCAAUGUUUAAAAUGGAUCCAGUGCAGAUGCCCCAACAACUUACUCAAGCAGCACAUGAUCGUGAGAAGGUGAUCCAGUGGAUCGUUGAUCUGUGCAAUACCGAGACCAGAGAAAACGCACUUUCAGAACUCAGCUCAAGACGUGACAUUAUUCAUGAUCUUGGCCCUUUGCUUUGGCAUACAACUGGCACUAUAGCAGCCUUAUUGUUUGAAAUUGUGUCUACUUAUCAGUAUGUUAACCCUCCAACUAUGUCACUACAACAAGUGACUCGUCUUUGCAAUGCUCUUGCACUUCUACAGUGUGUAGGUGCUCAUCCAGAUACACGUUCACAGUUCCUUAAGGCGCAGAUACCUCUUUACAUGUAUCCAUUUCUACACAAUGCCAACAAAUGUCGUAAUUUUGAACAUCUUAGACUUACAAGCCUUGGAGUUAUUGGUGCUUUAGUAAAGACUGAAGAACAAGAAGUCAUAACUUUCCUUUUAACGACUGAAAUUAUUCCACUAUGUUUACGUAUUAUGGAAACUGGUUUUGAGUUAACCAAAACACUAUCAACUUUCAUAUUACAAAAAAUACUUAUGGAUGAUAAUGGUUUAAGCUAUAUUUGUCAAACUUAUGAUCGUUUUUCUCAUGUUGCUUUGAUUCUUGGAAAAAUGGUGUUGGCACUUGAGAGAGAACCAUCUACUAGACUAUUAAGACAUGUAGUGGGAUGUUAUGUGCGCUUAUCAGAAAAUUCAAGAGCUCGUGAAGCCCUCAGGCAGUGUUUACCUGACCAAUUAAAAGAUAUGUCUACUUUUUCGGAUUGCCUUGCUCGUGACCAGACCAUUGCUGCUUGGUUGUUAUUAUUGAAGAAUAACUUGGAAUCCGUUAUGCCUAUUGAUGUAUCUCCUGGUGUUCCAUCACUUGUCAAGCCAUAAUUGUGUACAUCAAUCAAAUGAAAACCAUGGCUCGUUUGAUUAUCAUAUCAAUUUGAUGUUUAUUAGUUACAAAUGACUAUGUACUUAUCUCACAACUUUUUUGUAACAUGGAAGGGAAGGGGAUUCUAUAAUAAUAAUAAAGUAACUUAAGUCUGA